GAUACAGCCCCUACUAACCAUAGACAAACCAGCUCUGUAGACCCUUCUUCAUUCCCUUAUUCAUUGUGCCUAUCUGCCCUAAAGGACUUGGAAACUUUGGUUGAAGUUGUUGCUGAGCAGUACUAUGGUGAUAAAAAAUGGAAUUUCAUUGCUAUUACAGAAGCUGCCAAGUAAGAUAAUCUAGUUACAUCCACUCUUAACUUCGAAAAGCCUGCCACUGCUUUAUCAUCAUAAACCCACAUUAUUUAUAUGCCUAACAAGUGGUACUUAGUGUUCAAUCAGGGUAUUAGUGAGGCUAGCAUUGUUCCAGAACAGUGGAUAUAAGAUGCUUCUGCAUGGAGGAGAAACCCUAAAUUUUGAAGAGCACACAGAUUGUUCAAGUUCUCAGCACAGAGUUGGAGCUUUUCAAAAGCAUGGAGGCCAUAAUGGGCCUGGUUGGUUACAAAAUAAUCAUAUCAAGAGCCCAUGGAAUCUAGAAGGAAGGGCAUUAUCUGCUUUGAGCAGAUUUGGAGAACAUGCUAGGUUGGGUUCUGAUACACCAUGGAUGCGAAAAAUACAACAACAGCAUGCAAUUACGGAGCCUUCAGCUCUGAAGCUUGAAACGCCUACUCUCUCCAAGAUUUUGUCCGAGAGGGGUCUUAAUGGGGCUUUAUUUGUUACGGGAGAGAUCCUUUUUAUUAUGAGGCCACUUAUCUAUGUUUUGUUCAUUAGAAAAUAUGGAAUUCGAUCAUGGACUCCUUGGUUUCUUUCUCUCUCUGUGGAUUUUAUUGGAAUGAGCUUUCUAUUACAUGCCAAACAAUCAGGGAAAGAUGGGAAAGAGCAUCUUUCUGCCGCUGAAAAUGACGAGGUUGGGUUUUUUAACGUUUAUCAUCUUCCAAGCUUUUCUAUUGGAUCCAACUUACUAAACUUGGUGUGAAUCAUGAUAAAUUCAGUCAUCCUGUUCCUGAAAGUAUGGAUUUAUAUUAUUCUUUGAUUGAUUUUUUUAUCCUGGAGUUAUGCUGAUUUCAAUUGUUUGAUUCAGUUAAAAAGAAGGAAACUGUUGUGGGCACUUUAUCUCAUGAGAGAACCAUUCUUUAGCAAGUAUACCAGGCAAAAACUCGAAAGCACUGAAAGCCAAUUAGAACCCAUUCCUCUAAUCGGGACUCUAGCAGCAAAAAUCAUGGAGCUUAUAAUUGGUGCUCAAACACGGUACACGUACAUGUCAGGAUCAUAAACAAUGAAGCUGCCAGAAUCAUGCCUUCUAGCAGUUUUACAUCUCUAGGUGAAGCCUGAGCUCCAGAAUCAUUCAUUUUCAGUUCAACUCUUCCUGUUGUAUAUCAUCAACUGAGCUCAUCAGUUUUAAGAUGUUAAGUUAAAAACUCAAGAAAAAUUUUCAUGUUUGGAAUUAAGAAACUACUUAAAUCUUUACAGUAAGGUAAGUCCUGAACCGAAGCUGUUGGUAACAAAUUUUAAUUUGGACAAAAGCUACCUUUAACCUCUCACUUUAUCAAGUUUGAAGUAGUCUUUGGUGUGUUUUUUCUUCUGUCUUUGUUUCACACUCUCUCGUUUUCUUGUCACUUUGUCACGCCGCCAUUUUCUCUUGUUCUUCACCAGUUUUUUUUUUUUUUUUCUUCUUUUUUGGGUUCUUCUGUUCUUGCUUUUGAUUGGAAACACAUGGCGGGGAUUCAUAAACUGGGGGUUAAAGAAGAUGAAGAUACACGAACGGUUGAUCUUCGAAUCAAUGGAGGCGAGGCAGAACCAGGGAAGGAAGACUCAGCGCUUGCUCCGAAGGAAGAGCCGGAUACUAGUGAUG